AUGUCCAGCAGUGUCAGCAAACUUUUAAAAUUAACUCGUGCUUCAAUGAUUGCAGCUCCAAAGAGAUCCAUUGCUUUCAGAGGUGAUGAAUUCAAAGAAAGAGAAGAAGCUUUUGAAAGCCAAUAUGUUAAACAAAAAGAAAGAGAUGAUUUAAAGAGAAUGGCUGAAAAGAAGAAACAAGAAGAAACCAAAAAAGCUGGCUCACAACCAACUCCAAAUGCAUCAUCAUCAGCCAACAAUUCCAAAGCUGCCAAGAUUAAGGAAAUUGAAGAUAAAAUUAGCAAAUUACAAAAAGAACUUGCCGAUUUAAAAAAAUAA